AUGAUAUCCGCCAGCAAACCUAUACCGGAGCCCAGCUCAGCCACCGCCUCGCUGCGCGACAUGACGCGGCAGAUUGUCCGCCGCCAAUCCUCACCACCACUGCCCGUUUGUCCCUCCAUCUCAACUGUCGAGACGACCGCCGCUGCCAAAAUAUUCUUCGAGAUGCACUUCAACGGCAUCCUCUCUGCCACCAGUCCACGCUCGCUGCGGCGCCGAGACUUGGAGCAGCGUCUUUCAGAGCUAGGGCUAUCCAACAGCGAAAGGCAGCAGGUGCGCCAGGAAUGGCUGCUGGCGGAAAGCGAGCACCUUCGGCAGACCAGAGUCCUGAAGGCGAAAAGCAUGCAGAGGAAGGCGAGCAAGGGUGUGAGUAUCGCGGGAUACGAACUCGUGCGUGUGCUGGGCAAGGGGAGCUUCGGCGUCGUCAGCCUCGUUACGGAGAUGAAGCAAGAGCCCCAACGCGCAGCUGCCUCGCCAUCCUCACCGACGACACCGGCGAGCAGCGACACUGAUGAUGUGCCAAACCCCAACAGCCCGCCUCUGCAGGUGCCUGGUUCCAGGGACGAACAGGACCUUUCACAGAUCCAGAAACAAGUUUACGCCAUGAAAGUCAUACGCAAAUCCGACAUGCUACGCAACAGCCAAGAAGGCCACCUACGCGCAGAGCGAGACUUCCUCGUCGCGUCCGAGAACUCACGGUGGGUGAUCCCCUUGAUUGCCAGCUUCCAGGACAGCAGCCACCUGUACCUCGUGAUGGAGUAUAUGGUGGGCGGCGACUUCCUCGGGCUCCUACUCCGCGAAGACGUGCUCGACGAGUGCGUCGCACGGUGGUACAUCGCCGAGAUGAUCCUCUGCGUCGAGGAAACCCACCGCAUGAAAUGGAUCCACCGCGACGUGAAGCCAGACAACUUUCUCAUUUCCGCGUCAGGGCAUCUCAAGAUCUCGGACUUCGGCCUCGCAUUCGACGGACACUGGGCUCAUAACCAGACGUACCACAACCAUCAGCGCUACACGCUGCUCGAGCGCUUCGGCAUCAGUGUCCCGGGCGACGCGCAGGAUGUCCAGGAAGAGAGGGAUAGGUCGAGUGUGAGGAGGCUGGCGAGCGCGGUGAGCUGCGGCGUUAGUGGGUUGGUUGAGAGGACCAGACCGGAGGAUCAUGGUAUGAAGCCCCUGGACUGGCUCAAUCGCACCCAGAAGCGGAGACUAGCGAAGAGUGUCGUCGGGACUAGCCAGUAUAUGGCGCCGGAGGUCAUCCGAGGACACGACUACGAUGGUCGAUGUGACUGGUGGAGCAUCGGCGUCAUUCUUUAUGAGUGUCUAUACGGAUUGACACCUUUCUUCAGCGAGAACAGAGCCGAGACGAAGCGCAAGAUCCUGGCCCACAACACGACCUUCGGCUUCCCCCAAACAACCCGCAUCGCCCGCCCCGGCACCUCCAACAUCCGGCUCGCCCCCGUAACCUACGAAGCCAUGGACCUCAUCUACCGCAUGCUGCAAGACAAAGAAUACCGGCUCUCAUCACGCAAGUAUAAAACUAACGAUUCGUCCUCCACACCCAUGACUCCGCCCCCAACACCCCGCCGCUACCGCCACCUCCACCACGCCCAGCGGCACGCCUCGCGCAACGCCGCGGGCCACUUCGUCUACGCGGAUGACGCCGACGAUAUCAAGGCGCACCCCUUCUUUGCGGGCGUCAGGUGGGAGACGCUGCACCUCGAGCCGGCACCCUUCGUGCCGCGUGUUCAGGGCGAUCAGCCGAUCACGAAGUACUUCGAUGACGAGAAGGAUAUCCUGUCGGACGGGCGCCAAGGCGGGGGGCCGCAUGGGGGCUCGACGUCCUCAUCCGCAGCCUCGACUGCUGCGGCUGCCGAGGAACCGGUUGCGGUGGACGGCGGCAAGGAUAAUAGGUUUGAGCGCCGCGAUGGGAUUCAGGGGGGUGUUGAUGGCGUGGCGUCGUCGCCGGCUGGUACUCCGCCGACGGCGAGGAAGCCGAAAAAGGAGAAGAAACGUCCGAGGGAUAGGCUGUUGAGGGAUCCGCAGGUCGGGAAGAAGGUCCUGGAGUUGAGGAAGAUGGGCGCGUUUCUGGGAUAUACGUACCGCAGGCCGAGGAUGUGGAUGCUGGAGGGGGAGGAGAGGAUCGGGCGACCGAUGUUGAGCACGAAGAGUGCGGAUUCGGGGGAUGUGGUGGAGGAUCAGGAAAUGGGUUCUUCGACAUAA